UCCUCCUCCUGCCGCUCCUCCCGCCGCCCGGCCCGGCCCGGCUCCGCUCGCCAUGGGAGAUGUGGUCUCCACGCACCUGGACGAGGGUCGCCGCCAGCACAUCGCGGAGAAGACAGGGAAGGUGCUGGGGGAGUUCUGCAGGUGCUACAAGGAGCAGUACGGGGUAGCUCUGUUCAACAGCGUCCGCUAUGAGAUCGAGGGCAACGGGGGCCCGCAGGCACAGCUGCUGCACCGCAAGGUCCCGUUGGAGGACCAUGUCAUCUACUCGGGCAACAUCUUCCAGUACAUCGAGGAGAACAAGAAGUGGCGGAACCGGUUCUGCGUCGUCCCGCACAACUACGGCCUGGUCCUCUACGAGAACAAACUGGCCUACGAGCGGGAGCUGCCGCCCCGUGUGCUGGUCAACAGCGCCGGCUACAAGGUGCUCACCUCCGUGGAGCAGUACCUGGAGCUGGUGAACAACAGCCUGCCUGGUGUGACACCCAAAUCAGGGCACUCCCCCAUCCUGAAGUGCCCCACGGAUUUCCCCCUCAUCCUCUGGCACCCCUAUGCCAGGCACUACUAUUUCUGUGUGAUGACGGGCAAGGAGCAGGACAAGUGGCGCGCGGUGUUCCAGGACUGCGUCCGGCACUGCAACAACGGGAUCUCAGAGGACUCCAGGGUGGAGGCUCCAGCCUUCACGGACGCCGUGCGCAUGUACCGCCAGGCCAAGGAGCAGUUCGGCACCUGGGACAUGCUGUGCGGCAACGAGACCCAGGUCCUGAGCAACCUGGUGAUGGAGGAGCUGCUGCCCGAGCUCAGGAGCACCAUCGGCCCCCGGCUGAAGGGGAAGGCUCCGGAGCGCCAGCGGACCUGGAUCCAGAUCUCAGAUGCCGUGUACAGGAUGGUCUAUGAGCAGACCCAGGCCCAGUACGACGCUGCCAGGGCGCGCUGUGAGCAGGAGCGGCCCCGGCUGGAGAGCACCAUCCGCACCGACAUGGACCAGAUCAUCACCUCCAAGGAGCACCUGGCCAGCAAGAUCCGAGCCUUCGUGCUGCCCAAAGCAGAGGUCUGUGUGAGAAACCACGUCCAGCCCUACAUCUCCUCCAUCCUGGAGGCCCUGAUGACCCCCACGAGCCAGGGCUUUGCCGAGGUGAGGGAGGUGUUCUUCAAGGAGGUGACGGACAUGAACAUGAACGUCGUCAACGAGGGUGGCCUGGAGAAGCUGGUGGAGUACAUGGAGAAGCUGUCCCACCUGGCCUUCCACCCCGUGAAGAUGCAGUCAUGCUAUGAGAAGAUGGACCAGCUGAAGCUGGAGGGUCUCCAGCAGCGAUUCGAUGUCUCCAGCACGUCUGUCUUCAAGCAGAGGGCCCAGAUCCACAUGAGACAGCAAAUGGAUGAUGCCGUGCACACCUUCGAGACGCUGCUGCACCAGGAGCUGGGGAAGCUGCAGGGCAAGGACGACCUGUGCAAGUCCAUCCAGCGCAUCCUCGAGAGGGUGCUCAAGAAAUUCGACUACGACAGCAGCACGGUGAGGAAGAAGUUCUUCAGGGAGGCCCUGCUGCAGAUCACCAUCCCCUUCCUGCUGAAGAAGCUGGCACCCACCUGCAAGGGGGAACUGGCCAAGUUUCAGGAGCUGAUCUUUGAGGACUUUGCCAGCUUCAUCCUGGUGGAGAACACCUACGAGGAGGUGGUGCUGCAGUCAGUCAUGAAGGACAUCAUGCAAGCCGUGAAGGAGGCGGCGGUGCAGCGCAAGCACAACCUGUACCGGGACAGCAUGGUCCUGCACAACAGCGACCCCAACCUGCACCUGCUGGGCGAGGGCAUCCCCAUCGACUGGGGCGAGGAGUACCCGGGGCAGCCCGAGCCCGAGCCGGCCGGGCAGGGCGACCGGCGCCGCAGGGCCAGGCAGGUGGUGUCGGUGAUCCAGGACGACGAGGGGACCCUGCCCUACGAGAUGGGCACCGAGCCGCGGGAGCUGCAGGAUCCCGGAGUGCCACCCAGCUCCCCGGGUGGGGUGAAGGAGAUCCGGGAGGCGCUGGCACAGGAGAGCCCCGGGGACGGCGCCGGGGAGGAGGAGGAGGAGGAGCAGCUGACGAACGGCACCGAUGCCACGCGGGAGGGCGGCGCCGGCGAGGAGGGGGUGGCAGGGGCUGUGCCGGGGGGUGUCACCCCCCGAGGUCCUGCCAGUGAAGGGGAUGGGCUGCACCGCCCCACACCGGCAUCGCCUGGAGCCGAGGCCCCGUCUGGGGCUGGGAUGAGACGUGUUGCACCAGCGCCGCCUGUGCCCAGAGCUGAGGGCCCAGGAGGGGCUGGGGGGCAACGUGCCACACCAGCAUCUCCUGUCCCUGGAGCUGAGAUCCCGUCAGGGCCUGGGGAACAACGUCCUGCACCAGCAUCUCCUGUGCCUGGAGCUGAGAUCCCAUCAGGGGCUGGGGAACAACAUCCUGCACCAGCAUCUCCUGUGCCCAGAGCACAACGUCCUGCACCAGAAUCCCCUGUCUCUGGAGCUGAGAUCCCAUCAGGGGCUGGGGAACAACAUCCUGCACCAGCAUCCCCUGUCUCUGGACAAGUCACCGGACCAUUCCCGUUCCAGCCAGGAUGA